GAGAGAGGGAGGAAGAGGAGGAGGGAGGGUGAUAUUUUCCAUAAAGCCCUUUCCACCCCCCUCCCCUCCCUCUCUUUCUGCCCUUGAGCAUCCCGGGUAAACCCGAAGCUUGUAAAGUGGGAAGAGGAGGAGGAGGGACGGAGGAGGAGAGGGGGGUCUGAUCGGGGCGGGCUCAAGCCUUUCUUCAAACUCAAUAUUUUAUACUUUUGAUACUCCCUGACGGUGGAAUUCAUUCCUCUUUUCCCGGCCGAUCCCAGAUCUAGGACGCCGCUGAGCCGUCAUUGCGCAGCCAUCUACGGUGGGAUAAAAGAAAGAUUUAAAAAUAGAAGAAGAAAAAAAGUGUCCGGCGGACUGCAAAUAAGAAUAAUAAUAACAACAACAACAAUAAAAAAGCAACAAACAGCGCGCAGGGCAGAUUGAUAUCGGGAGUACAGUGAGGAGACGGCGGCGGCGAGCGAGUACAGUGGAGGAUCGGACGGGAUUUAUAGUGCUGACUGGCCUCAGAGAGACGCGUGCAAGAACGCUCCAGAUCUACAAGAGGAGCCCAGGCGGUCUGAGCCCCUUCAAUGGAUCUAGCCGGAGACACAGCCGCUGCUUUUUCACCUUCCCCUCCCGGCGCCACUGUUCCGCUGCAGGACCCCGCUCUCUGAAACAUGGAUUCUCGUGAGCAUCUCCCACCCAACUCCCUUCAACAUUAUGUGUUUGUCAGGCGACGCUGACUGAAAGCUGCAUAUCUACCUGUCUCCUUUCACCUGAGGGAUCUCAAUCAAAAGCUAAGAGGCGAGUCCUUUUAAAAGUCGCACGGUGGUCAGGAUGCUCACGUUCUCCCUGUGAUCACCCCUCCAUGCGCUUUACCUCUCCUCUGAGCCGUGUGGCCCCCUCACCCUGUGCCGGACCCUGCUCCAUACGCCACUCCCCAGGCCUGCCAUGCUCCUCCGGGCUGCAUUGUUGCUGUUGCUGCUGCUGCUGCUGCUGCACUGCUGGGCCUCCGCCCUCGGCCAGUACAACAUGUGCAAGUCUCUGGUGAGCACGGACGAGGGCUCGGUGUGGGAACAUUACGCAUGCCAGCCCAGUCCCGCGUCCAUGAAGGACUACAUGCGGAUCAAGGUGGAUCCUCACGGAAUCACGUGUGGAAAUCCACCUGAGAGGUUCUGCACUCUGGAGAACCCAUAUUUGUGCAGUGACGAGUGUGAUGCCUCCAACCCAGACUUGGCUCACCCUCCUCAGCUGAUGCAGGACCGUGAACGCAACGGCCUAAUCACCUACUGGCAGACGGUGACCUGGGGUCGACAUCCCGAGCCCCUACUCGCCAACAUUACUAUGUCUUGGAACAAGAGUCUGGAGCUCACAGAUGACAUCCAGAUCACGUUUGAAUAUGGCCGUCCCACAAUCAUGGUUCUGGAUAAGUCCAUGGACCACGGGCGCUCCUGGCAACCCUACCAGUUCUAUGCCGACGACUGCCAAGACGCCUUCAACAUGCAGCCCAAACGAGUGCGUGACCUCUCACCCACAAACCUGACACGGGUCAUUUGCACUGAGCAGUACUCGCGCUGGGUCGGCUCCAAGAACGAUAAGAACGUGAAGUUCGAGGUGAGGGAGCGCUUUGCUCUGUUUGCAGGCCCCCGGCUGCAGAACAUGGACAAUCUGUACACCCGCAUGGAAAGUAUGAAGGGACUGAGGGACUUCUUUACCUUCACCAACCUGAGGAUGAGGCUGCUUAGGCCUGCGCUCGGAGGCACCUAUGUCCAGAGAGACAACCUGCUAAAGUACUUCUACGCAAUCUCCAACAUUGAGGUUUCUGCCAGGUGUAAGUGUAACCUCCACGCCUCCCAGUGCCUGCUGACUGAGGGGAACCUCCAGUGCCAGUGUGAACACAAUACCACCGGGCAGGACUGCCAGCGAUGCAAGAAGGGCUUCAAAGCCAAGUCCUGGAAAGCAGGUUCCUACCUGCCAGCACCAACUGGAACCCCCAACACCUGUACAAUUGCUGGUUCCCCCUCCGGUUCUAAUAGGAAAAAGGGUGAGGAUGACGUUGAAGCUGAAACUGAAGCAACAGUCAUCUCUGAAGCUGAACGGUCACCGGCCGUUACACAUGAGCCUUUAAGUUCUCCUUUGGAAGAGGAUUCGGACCUCAAAGUCCCCGCUGCUGAGGUUGGAAAUUCACUUUUCAGUUCUCUAAACCCUCAUCAUCUUGAUAAAAGUGAAGACAGCAGAGCUCCAGCGCCAGAAAGCAGAUUUACAGAGGGCUCAGUCCCUCAAACGCACCACGCGUUAUCCACCCACACUUCAUCUGAGCCUCCGCUGGUACGGAUGGGGCAAUCUGACCCGCUUUCUGUCAGAACGGAGCUCCAUCCUCCUUCGUCGUCAUCUCCGCCGGGGGAGAACGGAGUUUCCCCGCCACGGGAGUUCACUCGUUCAGAAACAGUCCCUGAGCUUUCACAUCUGUCCCACCCUGUUCCAGAAGGUUCCUCUCAUCACUCUGUCACCAAUCAUCAUCAUCAUUACAUAGAAGAGACUACUGUUAAAGUUCAGGAUCAUUCAAGCCUAACUGACGGAGGUGCCCACAGUCCACAGCCCCGACACGAGACCCACGGCCACAAACCAACAACUUUAUCUGAACAUGAAGGGCAGCGGAGAGAGGCGGAGGGACAUGCAGAGGCUAACGACCUCCACAAGUCUGAAGAGUAUACACAUGAAACUCACGGCCACAAAAUACCCUCAUCUGCGCAUGGAGAGAAAGGGAAGCAAACAGAAAAUCAUGUUGAAAUUAAAGACCCCCAUGCAUCUAUGGGACACAAACAUGAAACUCAUGGACACUCAACAAAAACCUCCUCUGGGCACGUAGAAGACAGCAAUGAUACUGAGAAGACAGUUUCCCAUAUGGCGGAGGGACAUGUACAUGAGGCUCAUUCAUCAGCUGGCUUGUCUGAACACGGUGAAGAGCAGCACACAAAGGCAAAUCCUCACAAGACAGAGGGACACGGACAUAAGAUGCAUGGCCACAGAACAACUUUACCUGAACAUGAAGAGGGAAAAAACACAAAGUCUCAAACAGUUUCCCACAUGUUUGAGGGACACGCACAUCAACCGCAUGGCCACAAAACACCCACUUCAUCCCAGUCACAUGGAGAGAAAGGCCAUGAGCACGGGCAUGAAGACAUAAAAGCUCACAGCAGUCAUGAAGAAAACAUACAUCAGGCUCAUGGUCAUGAAGCAGCAUCUGAACACAGAGCAGAGGGUGAAAAAUCCCCAGAAAGGCAAGUCUUCGACAACCACGAGAAUCACAGACACAAAACAAGCUCAGUGGAAAAUAGGCAAGAGGAGACUAACAGCACAGACACACAUGGGCACAACACCCAGGGACAUGUUAAACCAGCCGGUCAUGGGCAUGAGGAGCAUCCACACAGAACAGCUGAAACUACAGGCCAUCACACAUCUGAGGAACAUUCGCAUGGGACUCUGAAGCAUCAAACAUCAUCUCAUCAUGGAGAGGGCCACAUAGAAACACAAGCUGAAAGGAAAGACCAGCACACAUCUGAGGAACAUGGACAUGUAAUUCAGAGCCAGACAUCUUCUCAUCAUGGAGAGGAGAGAAACGCUGUGUCAGCCCCUUACAAAUCCGAUGGACAUGUUCAUGAGACUCAUGGCCAUAAAACAGCAACAGAUGAGCAAGGGCACGGUCAUACUCAGAAAGCAGUCUCCCAGAUGCAUGAGAGGCUCGCACAAGGCCACAAAACAACAGCCUCACAUGGACAUGGAGAGGAAGGGCAUGGACACAAUAAAGUAGAGAGGACAGAUCCCCUCAAGCCUAGUGGACACGUACAUGAUGCUCAUGGUCACAUACCAGCAACCCCACAUGAGCAUGGAGAAGAGGGGCAUACACACACAAACACUGACAGGACAGAUCCUCAUGAGUUUCAGCCUGUUGUACAUCAUGGCCACAAAUCGACAACCUCACACGGACAUGGAGCGAUGGAGCACACACACAGAAACGUUGAGAGUACAGAUGCUCAUGUGUCUCACACCCAUGUACAUCACAGUCAUAACCCCCCAGCCUCACUCGGGCACGGAAAGACAGAGCACUCCCACAGACAAGUUGAAGCGAUUGAAACGACAGAUCCUACGGCGUCUCAUGGAAACGGACAUGAGACGCAUGGUCACAAAUCAGCAGCCUCACAUGGAUACGGACAUGAGUCGGACACACACAGAAAAGAUGCUCAUGUGUCUCACGCCCAUGUACAUCACAGUCAGAACCCUCCAGCCUCACACGGGCACGGAAAGACAGAGCACUCCCACAGACAAGUUGAAGCGAUUGAAACGACAGAUCCUCCGGCGUCUCAUGGACAUGGACAUGAGACGCAUGAUCACAAAUCAGCAGCCUCACAUGGACACGGACAUGAGUCGGACACACACAGAAAAGUUGAAGUGACAGGCCAUGACAAGUCCCAUGGACACAAGACUCAUGGUCACAGUUCAACAUCCUCACAUGGACACGGAGAGGAGGAGCACACACCCAGAAAUGUUGAAAUGACAGAUGCUUCCAACUCCCAUGGACAUGGACAUGGACAUGGACAUGAGAAUCAAGGCCACAAAUCAGAGCAUGGAGAGACAUGGCAUAGCCCAGACCCUCAUAAGUCUGAAGAACAUGGCCACAAAUCCACAUCAUUUGUACAUCAGCUGGAAAGUGGAGGGCACGGAGAAACUCACAGGACAGUCGCACAUGGUUUUGAGGAGCACGCACACAGCACUCACGGCCACAAAGCAACAAUCCCAUCACGGCAUGGGGAGGACAGGGAGGACGCUCACGGCCACAGGAGGGCUGAAAAUGAAGAGCACAGUAUCGUUGCAAACCAUGGGAGAGGAGGAGGUGGUCACGGGACCAUAAGGCAUGGUGUUCGGAAAGAAGACGACGAGGACAAAGAAAGAGGGAAAAAGAAAGGGCUUCUGAAACUCUUGACCUCAGGAGAGCCUCAGGUCAAACAGUUACUCGGGAUCAUAUACGACAAUUUUAAAGACUGUGAGUGCUACGGCCACUCCAACCGCUGCAGCUACAUCGACUACCUGAACAUCGUCACUUGUGUCAGCUGCAAGCACAACACCAGAGGCCAGAACUGCCAACACUGCAGACUGGGAUACUUCCGCAACGCCUCUGCCGAGCUGGAUGAUGAGAACGUCUGCAUCGAGUGCAACUGCAACCAGCUGGGCUCCAUCCACGACCGGUGUAACGGCACGGGCUUCUGUCAGUGUAAAGACGGCGCGGCGGGGGCCAAAUGUGACGACUGCCUGCCGGGAUACUACUGGAAACAAGGCUGUUACCCUAACGUUUGCGACGAGGAGAUGCUGCUGUGCCAGAACGGAGGAACGUGCUACAUGAACCAGAAGUGCGUCUGUUCCCCAGAGUUCAAAGGGGUCUUGUGCCAACAGUCUCGCUGCGAAGCGGGCAAGGACUGCAACGGCGCCUCUUCGCCGCGCCUCUCCGCGGCCGCCCUGCUGCUCUGCACUCUAAGCUACCUGCUGGCCACGUUAUCACACCACUGAGCCACGAAAAGACGCCCCCAAUCCCUUGCCUCCUCCUACCUACCCACCCUUCAGACACUAGGAGUGUGUGCACAUGGAAGGGGAACCGGAACAUGAGGUGGAGGAGGGCAUCUCUAGUCAGGAGCCCCCAGCCCCCUUCCCGAACUCCCCCCCAGCCCUCCUGCGACAGCACUCCAACAUGCACACACUCUCACCAAAAACACUACCUAAGCCCUCGCAAAGCACACGUAUAUACACACACCUCACAGGACUGUUACGACACCGAGUGUGUUUGCUCAGGUGUGGGGAAUGGACGAGCAGAGAAACAAACGCCUCAGAGAAAAGCGAUGCAGUCAAAGGGGAAGAAAAUGAUACCAACCACUGUUCCCUUUAUUCCUCAGCUGGAGCAAUGUGCAUCAAACCAAAAAGCAUAAAAAAGUAACACUUAAAUCACCACUGUUUCACUUCAAAGGGAAUGGCUUUUGUAACCACCGGGAUUUAUUAUUAUUAUUUUUUUCCGUUUCCUUCUUCUUGGUUGAGCUAAAAAACUCUCAUCUGUUAGACUGACUGACAGCUUAUGUGUGGGUGUGGGUGGGGUGGGCGUGUGCGUGCGUGGGUGUUUCGUGUGUGUGUGAGUAAAUUUGAGGGCGUGGGUGUGUGUGUGUGUGUGUGUGUGGUCAGACGAGUCGACUUGACAGAAGGGUCAGAAUGAGCUUGUUUAAUUCUGCUGCUGCGGCCUACAUAGUAUAUUAACCAAGUUUCAUUUCUCCUCAGACGACGAGACUUGAUUUUACAUUUAUUCUAUUUCUGCUGCGUUUUUACUUUGAAUUGUACCGUCAGUCAUUUUAUCUAAACGCGCCCACUAGAAGUCGCUGAGAUUAUACAUAUUAUAUAAUAUCCAGGGGGGAAGACAUUAUGAGUAAAAAAAAAAGAAAGAAAGAGAAAUUAACCACUAUUAUGGUUGUCGUAGGAAUGAGUGAUUGUUGCCACGCUUAACGAGAUUUAAUCUUCACACCGUAUUCAGGAAGCAGAGUUUACCAACUUUCAACUAAUCAGAGGUCUAAAGGAAAGAGGAAAAAUGUAAAACCACGUAUCAAUUAUAUGACAUUAUUUGAAUAUUUUUUGUAGAAAUUAUUUUUGUUUGAAGUUACAAUAAAUUAUACAAAAAAAAUUCAUUUACAACUAUUCCUAAUGUGCAUUUUAUUACACUGAUUGUAAAGCUUACAGUAAAUAUGACUGUUAUUUGCCUU